AUGGAGUUUUGCUCUCUAGGUGAUCUAUCACAUUAUAUUAAGAGUAUCAGAACAAACAAGGCAACUAAAGGUGCCGCAGGUGGAUUACCUGAAAGAGUCGUUCGUCAUUUCCUCAAGCAAUUAGCCAAUGCACUACAAUUUCUGAGGUCUCAAAAUCUAGUGCAUCGAGACAUCAAACCACAAAACCUUUUACUUGUUCAACCAGUAGACAACUCUGACUUACCCGUACUUAAAGUAGCAGAUUUUGGCUUUGCACGUUUCUUACCCAACACGACAUUGGCAGAUACUUUAUGUGGUUCACCACUGUACAUGGGACCCGAAAUUCUCUCGUACAAGAAAUACGAUGCCAAAGCAGAUCUCUGGAGUGUUGGCGCUGUCCUUUACGAAAUGAUGACCGGUAGACCUCCCUUUCGUGCUCAAAAUCACAUUGAACUACUCAAAAAAAUACAGGAAAAUAAUGACAAGAUUCACUUUCCAGAUGAACAACGUCCAGAUAUUAAAAUUGGCGCUGAUCUGAAGGAUCUCGUGUGUCAAUUGUUAAAAAAGAAUCCAGCUGAACGCAUGUCAUUUGAAGACUUUUUUCAGCAUUCUGCUGUUCUCACUCACACUACACCGAAUGUCAAAAGAAGACUAUCCAAUCGUCCUUCUUCUUCUUCCAGUUAUGAACCUCCUCCUUUUGCUCAGUCCAGAUGGUCUACAAAGGGUGAGGAACAUGCUCCUUGGACAUCACCCAAAGUGGAAGAUGAAGAUAUCCUACAAGAAUACAUUGUCCUUGACAGACGUAUUAUUGAAACCAACCAAUUUGCCGAUGCGCUGGAUGCUUCCCCACGUAACCCAAUACCAAUGGAAUCUCCUUCCUCUGCUGUGAAUAUACCCAUAUCCCCUUCUACACCCCCCUUUGCCCGAGAGAGAAGGACAAGUACCGGAUCCUCAGCAGGAUCAGCACUAGCCAAAGCACUCAGUAAAGCUUCUGUCCGAUUAUUCGGUACUAGUAUACCAUCACCACCCAAAGACCAUGGUCAUCUUAUGGGAUCACCGCAUGGGUUCAUGUCUUCUACUACCACACAAGGCACCAUGAAACAUAUUGAACGAUUAGCCUGUAUGGCACAUGCUGUAGCAGAGUAUGCCGAUCAAAAAUACAAGACAAACAAGACGGAAGAAGCCGUUGUACUUUACCUUAAAUCGUUGUCUAUUCUUGAAUCAGGAUUGAAUAUAGCGCAACAGUAUUGGCAAGCGAAUGAUUUAGAAAAGGAUAUACAACCGUUGAAUGAAGCGGUGCAGUGGAUGAGAGAAAAGUUUAAUGAGUGUUUAAAACGAGCGGAAUCUAUCAAGGAACAUGGACAGACGUUAGAUUCUUGUGUAGAAAAGUUAUUGUAUGAUCGAGCGUUAGAGAUGAGUCGAGCAGCGGCGGUGCAUGAAUUGGUAGGGGAGAACAUCACCGAAUGUGAACAAGAUUAUCAAACUGCGAUAUGGAUGUUGGAAGCCAUCUUACAAGUCCGACCUAACGACGAAAUAUCCAUUGAACAAGAUGACAGACGCAUCAUUACCAAGUUCAUCGACUCGAUUCGUCACAGGAUAACAGUUUUACGGAAGAAAAUGGAAAUGACGAAACGUGUUUAA